CGGCGCGCCUGCGCAGGGGGGAUUCCGCCGGGCCUCGCAGGACACCAACAUGGCGCCGUAGGCCCGCAGCACCAGCGCCACCGCGGGCGGGACAGCGAGGCCGCUGCUGCCACCAUUAUGUCGCGGCACAGGAACGUCCGCGGCUACAACUACGACGAAGAUUUUGAAGAUGAUGAUGUGUAUGGCCAAUCUGUAGAAGAUGAUUAUUGCAUUUCUCCUUCAACAGCAGCUCAAUUUAUCUACUCCAGACGAGACAAACCAGCCACAUUUGCUGAGCCUUUAGAAGAAGAAUAUGGCUAUGAAGGUACCGAUGAUACUGCUGAUUAUUUUACAUCCGGUCAUCAGUUGACUGAAGUUGAUAGAGCCCGUCUUAAUUCAUGCCUUGAUCAAAUGAGAGAAAUUUUGGCAGAGUCCAUACCAGAACAAGCAAUGGUGCAAGCACUACUGGAUAGUAAAUUUGAUGUACAGAAGGCUUUGGAUCUUGUGCUUUCACAAGGCAGUAAGCAAAAUGUGAAGACCAAGAAUAAGGAUGCUGUGAAUUUAGCAAAGAAUACAAAAGGAGACUUACAUUGUUGUCCAGAAAUGUGUGUUGAUACAGACAGUGUCUCUUGUGCAGUAGAAAAUUUUGCUGACAACACCAACAAACCUGAGUUUGGAAACUUGACAGCCAAAAGUGGCUCAGCUCUUUAUUCUUUAAAGAAUAUUACAAAUGACAAAGUAUUCCUUAACGCUGAAAAAUCCGAUAUACCUUCAUGUGAAAGGAAAGGAUUGAAAUCCUCUUCACUUGUUCAGUCAUCUUCAUUCAGUGAUGAUUUGUGUAAAGGAUCACUUUGUGAACUUGUGAAUAAACAGGCAGAGAAGCAGCUACCAGAAAGUGCUAAUGCAGUAAGUUUGGUUCCUGACAGUGUUUACUUUAGCAUAGGAAGUAACCCCUCGAAAUGCAAGGAAACACAGGACUUGAAAUCCUUGCUGAUGGAGAAUGUGGUUUGUGAUUCUCUGAGUCCUGAAGACAACAUUCCUCUCAUUUCCCCAAAUACUUCUGAUUGUAGUAGUAGUGCAAAUUUUUACAGUCCUCCAUGUUUAACAAGUGCUUUAGGAAAAUUGGCCCUUGAUAAUGAAGUCAGUCAUACUGUAAAUAAAAAGAAUGAACUUCUUGAAAAUUUUUCUUCGCUUGUGCAAAGUAGAAAACAAGAAAGUCCCUCUUCAGACCUGGCUGCUUUGCCAGUGUUAAGACCUGGAAGUACUUCAUUGGCUGACUUACUUCAGGAGCACCAGGAAAGCAGUGCUAGCCACAGUUACUCUUUGGCUGAUCUGUACACCCAGUCAACAGCAAGCCUCACUGAUAGGAAAUUGGGAACCUCAUCAUUAUUACAACUAGUAAGUCAACCCCAAAUUUCAGUUGGGAUGCCAGAGCUGACAGGAUCUUUGUCUUCUCUAGCCCUCUCUAAAGUUUCUCCAGAAAAGGAGGUUGAGAAUUUAUCACUCUCGGAUUUAAUAGCAGAGACUAUUGAAAUAGAUAAAACUCAGCAAAGGAUGGACUUGCCCGUGCACAGUGUAAUGGAAUUCAGGCCUUCCCAAGGAACCAGCAUUGAUUUGAGUGUCCUUGUAAAAAGUGAAGAUGUAUCUACAGAGCAAAAUGUGGUAGGACAGUCAAGUAUCUUAAGCCCUGAAACUAAACUUGUAAAAGAAAAACAAGGAAGAUGUUCUGGUUUUGCCAAAAUAAACAGAAAAACCAAAAAAGGGCAUGGUCUUAAGAGGCAGGAUUUGUCCCUUUCGUGGAUGAAGGCGCUGUGUGCAAGACCUUCAGCUUUUGCUUUAACCUUGUGCCUCCGUUAUCCUCCCAAAGGAUAUAAGCGUCACACAGUUGGUGUACAUAAAACUUUCCUAUACAGUAGACAGGUACAAGAUGUAAAACCCAAGGAAACUGGUCCCAUAGUAGCCAUAACACCAUUUGAUUUCAAAUCAGCAUCUCCUGAUGAUAUUGUAAAAGCUAACCAAAAAAAAGCUUUUGCAAGACAGUAAUAAGGAAAACCCAAGUCUCACUGUUUAUAUCGCGUUAUAUUAAAAAAAAAAAUCAUAUAGGACGUAUUUAUAAUGCAGAAUUGAUUUUUUUUUAUUUUUUAAAUUGACAUAUUACAGUUCUUACUGAUUGGUAGCAAAUUUGUAUGUGAACUUUUAAACUGUUGCACUGAAUGUCUUAAUUUUUGCGUAAUUUUCACUGACAGUUUUAACAUUUUUAACUUUCGCAAAGCCUUGAACUUUAGUAUAUAGAUAUUGCAUGUACAAAAUUCUGUGAACACCAUUAGACUUCUUGAAAUAUCUCUAGGUGUUGAAGAUACAGUUCAUUGGGAAGAACACUGAAUUAUUAUUUUGUAAAGUAAUUUACUUUUGCUAUAUGGUGUAUAGUUUGGGGAGCAGGAACCUCAGUUUAUAUUACAAGUGUUUUAUUAAAUGUUCUUAAGGUUAGAUUUUCUGAUAAAGGUAUGUUAUUAAACUGUCAGUCUUGUAAUUGAUGUUUCCAGUCACUGUCAUUAUUCUCUUUCUAUAUUUAUACUGAUGACACUAUUACAACAGAAAUACCUUUAGUUUUUAAAAGCCUCAAUGACCUCAGGUUUUGACAGUUCUGGUUGUGGUAGGACAUGUAUAGUUUUUGAUAGGACCAAAUUUGUAGGGGAGCAAGCAGUGAAAAUUGUUGUGCUCCUCCUCCAAUCAGCUGUCAAAAUAUGAUAUUCAGAAUGUUAAAACAGCAAUUUUAUAGGUAUAUAAAUACAUGCUGCAUUUAUUUCAUGAGAAGUUUCCCUAGGAUUCUAUGGUUUAUUCUCAAGUCUUUCAGAGGAGUAUUGGAGUAACAGUUCUUUCAGCUGUAGCAUGAGAGUCUUUGCUCAAUGGAAAAAAAAAUCAGGCAAAGCAUAAGUGCUAUUUGUGUCUGCCUCUUGUCUGUUUUGAAGAAAACUUCUUUUAGAAAUGGAAAUACAUUCUCUUCUACUGUUUGCACCCAUUACUGUUGCUUUGAAUCUUCAGGUGAAAGAUCCAAAUCAGAACAUUCUGGACGUUUUCUGGUGCCCUGUUGGUCAAAUUAGCAACUGUAUAUAUGUUUUAACUUUCUUCUUAGUACACAUUAUGACUUCUAAUAUAUUUCCCAUGUCAUUGUCACUAUUUUAAAUUCUGAACAGCAAUAAGUUCAAUAAAGAUACUGCUGCAACUACAAAAA